CUUAUUACAAUAGUAGCAACGUGAUUCUAAAGCUUCUUCCAUCAUGACCCGCCGACUCCUCCCAUUCAUUGGCUGCAACGGCGGCAAACAGCCGCCAGGAACCACGACGUCUGUGCCUGAAUACACCCUGAUCCUCCUCAGUCUCCAAACUCUCCUUUGCCUUGGACCAACCGUGAACUGACUGAGGGACUAUUAUUGUCUACUGACUUGUUGGACUGUCGGACUGUCCGGGUUUAGUGAUUUGACGCCUGCAUUCGUCUUCUGUCACGACUCCACCCCCUCGUGCUUCGUCAAGCUCUCUAUAUUGCGUGGCUAUCGUCCUUGACCUCCUCAUCUAUUGGUGAAUCCCCCACUGUACUUCUUGCUCAAGAAGAGAUGGUGUGAGGUACUCCGUUUGACGCAUCUGGGAGAUGCGAAACUGCUGGCAUGUCUGCACCCCAAGCGUCGCAUGCGCGUGCACAUGCCGGAAGUCUGUCUCACCAUGUCACUGCUGCGGACAUCCCCGCAACUAACACGAACAUUUCACCGGUCCCGUCCAUACCAUCGCGGGAACCGUCGUUGACACGAGGACGAGCCUUGACAUCAUCCUCCGCCCGCGGUUCCUCUUCACGAUCCCACACGCCUGCAACGGCAGUGCCCAAACUCCCGACCGCCAUCGAAAACUCCAGCUUGGAUCGGAGACCGUCGUUGAAUUACGGACACCAUCGGCAGACAUCCAUCGUGCAUGGCGUACAGCAUUCGAGGAACACGAGCUUUGUCAAUUCUCCGGCGACGAGCCCGCUGAAUACCCACGUAUUGGCAUCCAUCGGAAAUGCCAACCCGUAUUCACCGGAAAGCUAUAUCAUGGAGCAGGACGAGAUGAAUAAUAUGCCGACCGCCAUGGGGGCACAGGCGGCGACAAACGGGACCGGGAAACAUUCACAAGCCCCUUCCCUCCAUGAUGCCACUUACAUCGACCCGACGAGGAGGAUGGAGAGAGUGCAUAGUGGGAGGUCGAGGAAAGACCUCCAUGGCAGGUCAUUGUCACGGCAUCAUCCACAGGAGAUCAAGACCGUGGGAGAAUACGCUUUGCACCACUUGUUCAAUUCGUUUGUCGCGCAGGCCGAUCAAAAGCUAAAUGCCUGCAUUACCGAACCCCACGAGGCCGAACCUCGAGUCGAGCUGAUAUGUGGCCCGGGUGUGGAUGCGAACUUCGACCAACUGAUCUCCGCGCUCGGUCACAUUGCGCGGCAGAAGCCCAAACCUCUCAUCGACACCCUCAUGUUCUGGCGGAAGGCCAAGAGUGAAGCGGCCGCCACUGCCCGAGCUGCUCUCAAUGAAAGCCGCGUGCCGUUGUCCACAAACGGAUUGCCAACUCGACGAGGAACCGAUUCACAACAAUCGAUUGACGCUCAGUUGCAGAAACAAGUGGUGCCGAAUCAUAUGCAGACGAUGCUACUUCAGCAAAAUGUUGCCCAUGCAGAGAGGCGAUCCAUCGUCUCCAUAUAUCUGUUGUGUCGGGUCCUGAUUGAGAUCUUCGCUCAGACGACUCUCGCCAAUGUGGGACAAGACGUUGCCGCGAAGGUGGAAGAUGUGAUAUACACCCAAUUGAAGCAAUUCGACCCGGACCACUUGGAGGAAUCGCCGUUGCGACAGGCGAAUUGGCUCGUUUUUGGCCAGCUGCUCGGAGUUAUGAGCCAAAUCAGCUUCGAGACCGUCUCGUCCCGGUUUCUGUCCGACCUGGAGGCGAUGCAGCAGCACCUUGGUGUGAAAGGACUUGCGGGCGGGGAGAUCGAGGGUCGGGCCGUCCUUAUCAUUCGCGGAAUGCGCUCCCUCAAGCUAAAAAUCGAGCCCGAGAAAGCGUGGGAAGCCUCUUGCGAUUUCAUGUUUCGGCUUGCGAAGCUGGCGGUUGAAGUGCAUGGGCAAUCGGUCAAGUAUGCUUACUGUGGCCUCUUCAAUGAGCUCCUCCUCCCGAUCGCCGCAAAAGCAACAUCGCAGGUCAACACUCCUAAAUGGAGAUCCAUCGUCGAGUUGUUGCGGCCGUGGAUCAUAUCGAUGUUGGCUAAACCGAAGCAUUGGCAAACGGCGUUCCCAGUCAUGGUCGUUCUCCUCUGCGCGUCCCCGACCGAGUCGUUCAACGCGCAGUGGAUGCAGCUCACUCUGCCGUUGCAGCCCCGACUCAAAGAACGCAGCACCCGUGCCAUGGCGCUUCGAGGAAUAUGCCGCUUGGUCUGGACGUACGUCUUCCGCUCGCCGGAUUCCCAAGCCACCUCCGCGAAGAAAUUGAACGACAUCAUCCAUCUGGUCUUCCAGCCAGGCAAGCGGUCGUUCUUGUCGACGGAAUCCUCCAUUGCCGAGCCGCUGAUCCAGAUGAUCCGGAUCAUCGGUUACAAGCACCAGGAUAUCUGUUUCCGGCAGAUCCUUUUUCCUCUGAUGAACUCCGAGCAGUUGCUCGUCGGUCCGCCGAAGAGUGAGCAACUCGAACCUGAACGGAUGGUGAUUGGCAUCAGGGCGUUCCUAGCGAUCAUGGGGGAUCUCGAGAACGGAGAGCAACCUUCUUUACCAACCAGUUUCGACAACGACCCAUCUGUGGAGUCGUUUGGCGUUUCCUCGAUCCCGAUCAGCCCUAAGCCGAUCGUUCACCCCAGCUCAAAGUUGCUAACGCUCAAUGAGGGUCGGCUGUCGCGGCCAGUGCUUGUGUCCGGCUUCAGCGAAAGCACCAAAGAAUCCUACAACAUGUUCUGCAAGAUUUUAGGGAACGUGACAAUUGCGUGCGAUAACGCGUUCGGCGGACAGGCGGUUCUGGACGAAAAGUUUUCGCUCCAGACCCCCAAGACCCCCAUGGCGGAAGCCUUCAGCUUUGCGAGACGCGAUGAACAAUAUACUGGAGAUCCGCGUCAGGGAUUUUACGACCUAUUGCAUGUGGCCGUGCAGGCUCUUCCACGAUGUCUCUCACCCUUCAUUUCCUUCAAUUCUCUUAUCAAUCUCCUCUGCACAGGAACUGCUCACGUUCAAAGUGGGAUCGCAGUCUCAUCCGCUCAGUCGCUCAAGUCGAUCGCUCGACAGGGCCAUGCUCAACAAGUCACGCUUGGAUUCCAUCGAUUUAUCUUCAACUUUGAUGACCGAUACGCGACGAUUUCCGACGGUGGAAUGCUUGGUCCCGGGCACAUCGAGAACACCCUGCGACUGUACGUGGAGCUCCUUGGGAUUUGGAUCGAAGAGAUCAAAGAGAAAAUCAAGAAGGCGCAUGUCGAUUUGAUGGACGAGGGCGCCAAUGGCCGAGGAGCGCAGCUCGAUCUGAACGCGCUGUGGGCUCAUGUCGACGAAAUCGAAUCUCACGGACUGUUCUUCCUCUGCUCGCCCUCGCGUCGAGUUCGGUCUUAUGCAGUCACGGUGCUUCGGAUCAUCACCGAGUUCGACAAGGCCCUCGGGAACGUGAAGGAGUCUAAACGCAUCAUCCAGAUUAUGGAAGGAAGCUCGCAGGAGGUGGUGAACAUCAAUGAAGAGAAAUUGUCUCUUGCGGAGCGAACACGAUUGCAACGUGGGAUGAGGAAGAGCAAUACGCAGAGCACAUUGGUCGAACUCUGCAGUAGUGACUCACCCUACGACUCAACGUUGUGGUUCAAAGUCUUCCCGAAUCUUGUACGACUGAGCUUCGAAGUGUGUCCAUUCGCGGUCACAUUGACUCGGGACAUUGUCUGCAAUCGUUUGGCCCAGAUGCAUCGGACAAUUGGUAGCCUCGCCGAGGGACAAAAGAUGCCCCCCACCGUCCCUUACGACUCGAUGAACCGGAUGACCACCGGCCGUCUUGCGACAACGCCGCCCGAGGUCGUCGUCGAGCAAUGGAAACUGUACCUGAUCUUCGCAUGCACGACGCUCACCAAUAUCGGUAGUCAACCAGGUCAACCGCCUGGCCAGCAGCAUAUGCGACAAACAUCGAAAUCGCCCCAACAAGGGGACAAAAUUGCAUCCGCGGGCGAUCUCUUCACCCGGGUCAUCCCCUUCCUCGGUGCGCCGCACACGGGAACCCGCGAUGCCAUCGUCACGGGCCUCGGGUCCAUCAACGUCAACCUGUAUCGGACGCUCCUCGAGUCCAUGCAGCUAGCGGUAGGGAGCUGCCGAGAGGAUGCCAAGAUCCGCGUUGCGACGCAUCAGCGGACCGUGAGCAGCCCGCAUCGGCCGCGGCGGACCGACACGCUUCGGACCGAGAUUACCCACGUGUACAAGCUCACGUCACGGUUCGUGCAAGAUCCGAUCGUGUAUAACGAUGAGUGGGCAUUGAGUAAUUUGGCCGAUUACGCCAAAGAGCUUCGGCUGUUUCUCAGCGACGUGGAGAUCCAGAACGAGUGGGAGUUUCAGAAACUGCGCACCCAUUUCUGUGGGCUGGUGGAAGAGCUAUUUGAAGGUAUCAACAAAACCGUCGACCCGCUACGGUGGAUGCCAUUCCAGGCUCGCAAGGCUACCUUCGCGCUGAUGGAAGAAUGGUGUGGUUAUUCUCCAAAUCAAGAUCAGAUCAAAGCGAGGGAGCAUACGAUGCGGCAGUCGAUCCUGGAACGGGAGCAAGAUUUUGGGAACAAGAACAUCGUGACGGCCGCGAUUGAGAUUGAAAAGCGCGAUCUCCGCACGGCAGCAUUGAGUGCCAUGGCCUCGUUAUGUGGUGGACCGGUCAGCAUCACCACUACGAGCACGACCUUGCAAUUCGAUGUGAUGCGCAUGCUCUCCUGGAUCGAUGCCAUUUUCGACACCGUUUCGGAUCGCACACAUGCGAUCGGUCGACGCGCUCUCACUAAUCUUAUCGUCCAUAACAAAGAACAUGGAUUCUUGCUCGACCGUGCCAUUGAGAUGUGCUACAUGGCGAAGACGCCCAAGGCGCUGGCGAGCUACUUUGAAGUCGUUACUCAGGUGCUGGCCGACCGGGAGCGGUUCGCACCGCCGUUUUGGAAGAUCCUGUCGGCAGGCAUCUACACCCUAGGCAACGAGAACAGUCAGCUACGAAUGAAGUCCGCCCGACUCAUCCGCAUGCUGGAAGCGCGUACGCAAAAGAACAGUUCCAACCUCCAAGACCUGGACAUCAGCAUUUCCGACAAGACCAUUGCCGUCUACAAGCUGGCUCAAUUCGAAACCUCCCGGCGACUUGCCAAGCAGCACUCGGAACUCGCCUUCCACGUAUUCUCGGAAUUCUCCCGUUACUUCAAGGAGCUCCAUCCCGAUCACCAGCGGAACAUGGUGGCCGCCAUGCUUCCUUGGGUGCAGACGAUCAAUCUCCAAGUGGACCCGAACGGUGACCCAACUGGACAAUCCUACAUGCUUCUUGUGAACCUCUUCGAGAUUACGGUGCGGUGCGGCAACGCACUCCACAACGAAAUCCAGGCGCUAUGGCAAGCACUGGCCACCGGACCGCAUGCCGGCAACGUGCAACUCGUGCUUGACUUCAUGAUCCGACUCUGUCUGGACAAGCGCGAACAAAACUUUAUCGACUACGCCAAGCAAAUCGUGGUGCAUAUUUCCAGCACGCCCGCCGGCACGAAAAUCGUGGAGUUCUUGUUGCAGCAUAUCACGCCCAAGGAGAUGGUGCCGAACCCGGAGAAGGCGGAGCUGUUCGCGACGCCGCCCGAGGCGCAUGCGCUACCGUAUCUAGCGGAUUUGAAUCUGGUCUUGCCGAUCGGUGGAAACAAGCAGGGUGGCUAUUCUCUGGGCCAGAUCUGCCUUGUGCUGCUUGUGGAUCUGAUGGUAUCUCCCUUCCAACUUCCCAAAGAACAAAUUCCUCGUCUUCUACAAGCCAUCCUGGUGCUCUGGGAUGCGCACAUACCCCUAUUCCAGGACCAGGCUCGUGAGAUGCUCGUGCACAUGAUCCAUGAAAUCGUCUUGUCCAACGCCGACAACGACGCCAUCAACGCGGACCGCGCGUCCAUCGAAAACUUCAUCGAGAUGGUCCGGCGGCACGACGCCAAAGUCAUCUGGAGAUACGAUGACUAUAAUGGAAAGAAAGGCGAAGAAGGCGGGCUGCGAGUCCCCGAGACGAUGGUGUAUGUGGCCAACGAAGUCGUCAAAGUAUUCUCCCACGUUUAUCCCGGUGUCCGAGAACAGUGGGGGAAGUUGACGCUGCACUGGGCAACUUCCUGCUCCGUAAGGCAUCUCGCGUGUCGUUCGUUCCAACUCUAUCGAACAAUUCUGUGCACACUCGAUCCACAAAUGUUGGCCGACAUGCUGAUUCGGCUGUCGAAUACCAUCUCGGGCGAGGAGCCGGGUGUACAGACCUUCUCCAUGGAGAUCCUAACGACCUUGAAGACCAUCAUUGAAACUCUAACCCCCGAGGAUCUGUUGGAGUAUCCGCAACUGUUCUGGACGGCUUGCGCGUGUCUGGAAACGGUACAUGAACGAGAAUUCCUAGAGAGCCUUGGGAUGCUGGAGAAGUUAUUGGACAAGCUGGACCUCGCGGACCGUUCCACUCUCGACUUACUCGCCGAAUGCUACCCCCCGAAAUGGGAUGGAAACUUCGAAGGCCUACAGGAGCUUGUUUUCAAGGGUGUCCGGUCGAGUGUCUGCAUGGAGAAGUCACUUCGAGUGUUGAAUCGACUGGUCGUCCUGCCGUCGCACGAACUGAUUGGCGACGGGUCGAGGCUGAUAUUCACCUUACUUGCCAACAUUCCGAGAUUUAUGCACUCGUUCGACAUCGACUCUCCCGAUCCCAACGUAUAUCAUACCGCCGAUGUACUGGCAAAACUCGCCGACGCCCAAGGAUAUGAGGAUGUUGCUCUAGCUCUCUCAGCGCUUACGCAGCGACGAUACCGUGCUGAUAAAGACUUCCUGAUGCAAAUCAUUCUCGCUAUCCGGGCAAGUUUCUUCCCCGAUCAUGAGUUCAACUCCCUGGUGUUUCUCAUGUCGUUGCUGACCAACAAGAUCGCAUGGUUCAAGGUCAAGACCAUGCGGGUCCUUUGCGUGUUGAUUCCGGACAUCGACAUGCGGAAGCAGGAGAUCUCCAGCAAAGGUCCGGACCUGAUCGCGCCGUUAUUGCGGCUGCUCCAGACCGAGUUUUGCCCUCAAGCGCUGGAUGUUCUGGACAAUGUCAUGAGCAUGACGGCCACGCCGAUGGACAAACACCAUCUGCGGAUGAGCAUGGCGGGCUCGCAUUCCACUCGGGCCACACGUAAAGAAUACGAAAAGACUCAAAGCCUGUACGGCAUCCCCGAAGAGUCUGGGUGGUCCAUCCCGAUGCCUGGAAUUCACCGCCAAAAUACCCAAAACAACGUGCACGCCGUCUUCUAUACUUGCGCUUCCUCCGAUGCGGAGACUCCGCUGGCCGACCCCGGCUCCUCCGCCAUCGUUCUUCUUGGUGAAGAUGGCGGCGCGUACUUCCCCGAAUACCGCACCGCAACCAUGAUGUCGGACGAUACGCGUGGAGAUGGACAUGUGGCUGAACUGGUGAUGCAGCUCGAUAGCCUGGACGAUUUCUUCGACGAUGACCAGGAAGCCGGACCAUCCGAGGCGUCGACACUGGUCCCGCCGAGUCCCGCCAUGAACCGCUUCGAAUCGAUGGACUCCAACUCGCCGUUAACGUCGUCCGGCGCCCACGAAAGCAUUUACGACCAGCAGACGUUCCCCAUCCUGCAUAAGAGUCUGACUCGUAACGCGAGUAUCUCGUCGUUCCAGACGGGAUUCACGGACUCGAAGUACGGCACGUACCGCGAUCCCGUGGUCAUGACGCCGACCGCGUUCGCCGCAACCGUGCAGCCGCCACACAUCCACCAUGCAUCCACCUCGGCCGCGUCUCAACAGGUCCGCCCCGGCCUUCAUGCCCGCUCCAUAACCUCUCCCGCUGUUAACCCGCGCCUAUCGCCGGGCCAAGAAAUCUCGAUGGCAGCUGCCGGCGCCUCGGACGACAUCGACGAGUCCUUCUCGGACGACGACUAUCCCGGCGUCGUGACACGGAGCUCCACAGCACUGGGGAUGGGGUCCGAACGGCCGUUCGAUAGCAUGCUUCCGAAAAUCAAAGAGGGGACCCGAUCGGGGUUCCGGGCGGGUGUAAGGAGGCUGACUGGUGGUGGAGGAGAUGUGAAGGAGACACAGAGGCAGCGAGAGGGGAUUCGGGCGGUGUUGGGGCAGAAGAGCCCGAGGGUGCCGAAGGUGCCGGACGUGUAUCUGCAGAAUCCGAAAAGUUCGGAUCUGUGACCUUGCUAACAGUAAUACGGUAAUGGGACAUCGAUCACAGUCGGUGGAGAAUUUCAGACGCG